AUGCCUCCAAACACGGCGCAACGAAGGGAAUUUGUGCAUCCAGAAGCAGGGCAUGCGAAAAAGAAAGCGAAGAGCCCUUAUGGGAUCGAGCCCAUCUCAGUGUUUUACAUCUUCCUUGCGGCCAAUGCUUUUGCAGCACUAUUUGCCCCAAUCCAAGAUUGCGAUGAGACCUUCAAUUACUGGGAACCGACGCAUUAUCUCAGCCACGGCUACGGAUUGCAGACCUGGGAAUACUCGCCCGAAUUUGCCAUAAGAAGCUGGCUCUAUGUCGGCCUCCAUGCAGUUGUGGCCAACAUCCGAAGGCUCCUGCCUCGAUCAACGAAGGUUGCCGAAUUCUACUUCGUUCGCUACGUCCUAGCCUUCGUCUGCGCCCUCUGCCAGACCCUGAUGUGGAGAGUUGUCUGCCUCACACUCAACCCCCGUAUCGGAAUUUUCUUCAUCAUGGCUCUUGUGCUCAGCCCUGGAAAUUUCCACGCAAGCACGGCAUAUCUCCCUUCCAGCUUUGCCAUGUACACAGUCAUGGUGGGAGCGGCAGCAUUGAUGAACUGGCGAGGAGGACUCAAGACCUCGAUGGGCAUGUUCUGGUUCGCCGUAGGUGGAGUGCUUGGUUGGCCCUUUGCGGCUGCUCUCUGCGCCCCUUUCCUCGUCGAGGAAGGACUCUUUGCUCUCCUGGGUGACAAGGAUCGCUUCCUCGAGGCUUUCAUCCGAGUUUCGAGGGGUGUUGUUGCGGCAUUGGUGUUGGUGGCUGCCGACACGUGUGUCAAUACAUUCUUCUACAAGAAGAUUGCGGUUGUCCCGUGGAAUAUUGUCAAGUACAACAUCUUCUCAUCUACCGGGGGACCCAAUCUUUAUGGCACUGAACCGUGGACUUUCUACUUCAAGAACCUGGCGUUGAACUUCAACGUAUGGUUCGUUCUUGCGCUACUGGCUCUGCCCUUGUUCUUGGCGCAGAAGGUAUUCUUCCGAUCCGGGCAUGGGUUCCAGUCAGGGUUACGGAGCGUGGUCUUCAUGGCCCCUUUUUACAUGUGGCUCGCCAUAUUUACGUUGCAGCCACACAAGGAGGAGCGGUUCAUGUACCCUGCAUAUCCAUUCCUAGCGCUCAAUGCCGCCAUGGCUCUGCAUAUUCUGCUCACGGCCGUGGGGCAUUCAGACCCCAAGACACUUAUCGGCAAGAUUCCCGCGCGGCUCAAGCUUCUUGCCGCCACCUUGACCCUGCUCCUAUCAGCCGAUGUCGGGCUCUCCCGCAUCUGGGGCAUCUACUCAGCAUACUCGGCGCCUCUGUCUCUCUACGAGCCCCUCGAGACACUCGGCGGGGCCGGCGAGAGCGUCUGCUUCGGCAAGGAGUGGUACCGCUUUCCGAGCUCCUACUUCCUCCCUCACGACAUGCGCGCCAAGUUCAUCCGCUCCGAGUUCCGCGGCCUCCUGCCGGGCGAAUUCUCCGAGGCGCGAACGGGCUUCGGCUUCUGGAGCGGCACCUGGCUGCCGACGACGGGGCUCAACGACCGCAACGAGGAGGACCUGGGCAAGUACGUCGACCUCCGCACGUGCGCGUUCCUCGUCGACACGCAGUACCCGGAGCGGCAGAGGGAGCCCGGCUGGGCGCCGCCGCCCGCCGAGCCGGACUUCGUGGCCGACGUCGACCGCUGGGACGAGGUCGUCUGCCUGCCCUUCCUGGACGCGGCGAAUACGCCCUUCCUGGCGCGGGCUUUGUGGGUUCCUGACUGGGACAUCGUGCCCGGGGCAUUCCGCCGCAAGUGGGGUCGUCACUGUCUGUUGCGGCGCAAGAAGGCAUGA